AUGGAUUUUGAUGAACAACAACUCAAGACUUUCCAGCAUUACCUUUCCAAUGCCAAAAAAGUACUCUGUAUAGUCGGAGCGGGCAUGUCUGCUAGUUCGGGCAUCCCCACAUAUCAAUGGCAACGAGGCUUGUGGCGUGGCUACACGUCCCUCGAUGUUGCCACACCAGAGGCAUUUCAGAACGAUCCUGGGCUAGUUUGGCUUUUUUACUCUAGCAGGCGUCUUCAGGCGCUACGAGCGAGGCCCAAUAGGGGACAUUUCGCACUCGCGGAGUUGUGCCGUCGGUUUCCUAGCGGGAUUGCAGGUAAAGCUGACAAUAAAACAGACAGCGUACGCCAGGCGCCUCAACUUUCACCUAAGAAUGUACUCGUGGUGUCUCAAAAUGUUGACGGACUUCAUCAAAGGGCUAGUCAUCCAGAAAAUUCUUUAGUAGAGCUUCACGGCAACGUUUUUGGACUCAGGUGCACGCAAUUCUUCUGCAACUAUAGCUCGAGGAAUAACAGAGACCGAUAUUUGACCUCUGCUCUGCGAGCACACACUCCGGUAGACGUACCGCGCAAGAAACGGCUGCGAAAGUCGUCUGAAGAUGAGGAGUCGGUCAAAGGCGGCAAAAAAAGGUUAUUGGAAGAAAACCGAUUUCAGACAGGCAAUGUUGACCCAGGGGCACAAAGUGAUUCUACAGAUAGCACUGAAUAUCCUUCUCUGCCGACACUAGGGGCAGCUGAUCUCCCAAUUUGCCCUGCAUGUCACCAGGGCAUCCUGCGACCGGCUGUAGUUUGGUUUGGCGAGUCUUUGCCAUUAACGCAAAUGGACGAAGUGGAUCGGUUUUUUAACGUAGGUGGUCCAGUCGAUUUGGUGCUGGUAAUUGGCUCGUCAGGUAAAGUGUGGCCGGCCAUGGGUUACGUCGAGCGCGCCAAGAAAACUGGCAGCAAGGUAGCCAUUUUCAACACACUUAUUGAUGACCUUGAUGAAGUUCGCAAGGCUAAGGAUAUUUGGGGAUUUCAGGGAGAUGCUGCAAAAAUACUGCCGAAAGCGCUUAAACCGCUCAUAGGUGAACAUUACUUACCUCGAGAUUGGCGAAAACGCUAA